AUGGGCUAUCUAGCUAAUCUUGAGGACAUUACGAAGGUUUUUAAUAUUAAGAAGAGCACCGCAGCUCAUAUAUUGGCUAGUGGGCGCGCGCGGAGGCUCCAGAACCAACAGGAAGUCGUUGACAAUCGUUCUGGCACCCGCCAGCUUACUGCGGAGCAAGCAAACCUCAUUGCUGAGUACAUUGACGACGCUGAGUUUGAUGAGAAGGCUCUAACUUGGGAAGAUCUUCAAGAAAAAGCGCACAUCCUGAUCGCCUACGAGCUCCGUCGCGCGAGCGACGGCAAUAGCUUAACGUACAGCUCGAACCUGAUUUAA